UGUUCACUCAGGCGUGGGUGCGACGACAUGGCGAGAAAGCGCAAGUCGAGGGCGGUUGCAGAAGAUGCGAAGUGGUCAGCGAAAAAGCAGAAGCAGACCCAAGAAUCAUCCGAGGAGUCGCUGCCUGAAGGGGUUCAUCACUACCAAACCCUAGAAGAAGUGCCCUGGGAUCUUCAGAAAUAUUGGCAACAGGGUUACUCAAUUUUCUCAAAGUAUGACGAAGGAAUCUGGAUGACAGAUGACGCCUGGUACGGCGUCACUCAUGAAUCAGUCGCGAACACUAUUGCUCAGCAUAUUGCCGACGCUGCACCAUCAAACAAAGCUAUCAUCAUUGAUGCAUUCUGUGGUGCAGGAGGCAACACAAUAGCAUUCGCAUUGUCCGGAAAAUGGAAACGAGUCUACGCCAUUGAGAAAGACGCUGCCACUCUCGCUUGCGCCAAACACAAUGCAGAGAUCUAUGGGGUGGCUGACAAAAUCACAUGGUUUCAUGGCGAUUGUUUCGAGUUAUUGGGUCUUGUGGACACCAAUCCUGCCGCCACUGUCACUUCUCUUAAAGCCAUUGCCAGCCAGUAUGGUGUUAUCUUUGCCAGUCCUCCGUGGGGUGGCCCGGGGUAUCGAAGUUCAGAAGUGUUUGAUCUCGAAUCCAUGGAACCUUAUAGCUUCAGUUUCUUAUAUCAGUCGUUUAAGAAGAUCACAUCAGAAGUGGUUCUUUAUCUUCCUAGGACCAGUGACCUCAGACAGAUUUCGAAAUUCGCAAAGGAGGACACGAAAACUCAGGUGGUGCAUUAUUGUACAUAUGGGACCAGUCGGGCAUUGUCGGCGUACUUUGGCAAUUGGAAGAUAUUGAAGUCAUGAGUCCGAGAGGGUAUACCGCGGGCAAGGAGCGACACUCAUGAUGGACUGCAGGGUGAAGUUGACUCAUGGCCACCAUCUCGCUAUGCCAAGACUUGAUACAGGCUACCAUCACCUGAGAAUUGUCGGAAGGCGCAAUCCGGCUCUGCGCUAUGGAGCCACUUGGCGUGUGCAUUACUAACGUGCCACCGUCGGCGUCUUGAGGCCGGAAGCUACAUGUGUAAACGUGGGUGGGAAGAGAGCAGCCAGAAGGCGCAAUAAAGGCGUUGGAUUGAUAUGAUCUCGCUAAGACACUGAAUUAUAUCGUGUCUCUUCUGUCUCUUUCCCUUGGCAUCAAUCCACAGCGAGAAGUGCUCCUUCCUCCUACAACAAUCAAGGCAGAUUUGUCAAUGAGGGUAGGAAGGGUAUAACUACAGAUUUUCCCUCUAUAGACAGGAUCUGGAUAGGG